AGUAUUCGUAUACCUGUUCAGUUUAUAUGAAGAUAAAAGCACUGACGACAUUAAAUAAAGACAAGAAUAGAUUAGCUGGGCGACAGUUCUCUUCAGACACGGAUCAGUGACAUGCUGACUUUGAGUAGCUACAUAUCGUAGACCAUAUCGGUCUAGUUUAUGAACAAUAUCUUGAUACAUACACCAAUCGAUCAGUUUAAUGCCUAACCGAAAGUUGAGCAAAAAUAAAAACUUUUUGAUCCACAAAUCAAUGAAUGGACUGCUAUUACUAAUAUAUUCAAUGAUUCUGUUGUUUGCAUCAUUUAGUUGUGCACAGAUAGCGGAGUCAAUCAGUACCAGUUGCGAAAAUGAAUUAACAUGCACCAAAUGUACAAUCAAAGCUCAGUGUGUAUGGUCAUUAGAUCAACAGGCGUGUGUAAGCAACACUAGUUUAAAGAAUUCAAGUUUGAUAGUCCACAGUGAAGAGAAAUGUCCACGGUUUUUGGUAUCAAGUAAACGUGAAUAUAAUAAUGAAUUUAGUUUUUUGAAAUACACUGUUAAGAUAUUGAACGAUUCAGUAGGUUUCAUUGAUUUUCUUAACAAAAAUAAUUUUACUUGCAAUUCUUCAUCGAUAGAUGUUCAUACUGAGAUAAAUAACAACGAAAUAGUAUGUUCAACACAAGUUAAGAAAUCAUACUUCACAGAUAACAAGAAGAAGUCAUUUACUGCAUUUAUUUAUGUCAAGUUUAAUGGUGUAAUACUGUGGUUGGACAACAUUUCUGAUCAUUAUGCAACAAUUUAUGAACGCCCGUGUGUCGAGAACGUUAAGGACGCAGAUUGUGCGACUUGCACGUGGAAUGAUGAUGGUUUCUCACACUACGUUAGAUUGUGUUCAGCCGAAAACACCUGUGAGGGUCACAACGAGUUGUAUAUGAUGCACAACGGUAUUGGUCAAUUCUGGAAUUUUUCUUCCCAAAAAGUCAAGGAUAGAUGUGCAGAAAUAAACGUGACAUCCGUCGUUCCUCUAUCUGGGUCACUAACCGCUGACACGGAAAUAAAGAUCACAUUGAAGAACCACUAUAUAUUUUCGAAGAACCAACACUCAAAUGUAACAGUGGCGGGAAAGGUUUGUAAGCAAAUCUGGUGGACAGGAACCGAUACGAUCACUUGCAUCAUGUCACCACCGCCCGACGAUACAUAUGAUGAACCACCGUCCGGUCCGGUCUCAGUUAUGUACAAAUCAGAUAAAGGUGAGUUGAAUGUCGAGUCAUCGCAAACAUUCCAGUUUGACGUCGGUACUAUGUGCGGCAAACCUCGUCCUGUGCUUAGCUUGAGACAAGAACUCUAUGGGGUAGAGCAGGGUGGCACUACCGUAAAGUUAAACGGCUUUCGGUUCAUCAAACCUUGCAUUGCAUCUCCCGCCCGAAUGUUCGUGAAGCUUCCAAACGGCACCAUGCAGUUCGCGUCCAAAAAUUGUGAUACACCGACCGAUGACAAUUACAUGGUCUGUCGAGCGCCAGAAAUGAAUAGAACUAAUGGUUGGGAUGUAAACGCGCCUAAUUUUACACGGGCGUUGAACUUCGGACUGGAAGUGAUGAACUUCGUCACGAAUGAGUCACUGCUCGUGAACGGUCCAUUGAUCAGUUAUUACCACGUCUUGGAAGACUAUCAGCCAGAGGAAUUCGAAAUAAAAUCAGAUGGUUCGGUGGCCGUCUACGGUAACCACUUAAGGCACAUGCAUCCGGACGUCUUUAUAAAAUUCAAAGAUUCAACUAUGUAUGAGAAAUGCAAUUUCACCUUAGCCGAAGAACAUAGUUUUGUGUGCAAGCCCAUCACGCCCAUCGUCGAUUCGGCCGUGAUAAAUAUCACGAUUGGCGAUUUUUUAACGUAUAAGCUUAAAAAACGCCCAUGCGAUUUCAUCAAACUUAUCUGGUUUUUUAUCGUGAUUUCCCUAACGGUGAUUCUUUCAGUCUCGGCUUAUUGUUAUCGAAUUCGUAAUAGGCAUGACGUGCAUAAAACAAUCCAUGACCCACCUGUGAAUUUAACAGACAUAAAUACACGGACAGCACUAUUACAGUGUUAAUCUAUAUCUCUAUCGUCUAUACUCUAUACUACUGUAUAAAAUGAAGUCGCUUUCUUUUGUUUGAAAUAAACUUCCGAACUACUCAUUCAAUCGUUGUGCAAUUUUUUUUAAAUUAAAGAGGAUAUCACAGAGAAAGGUUUAGCCAUAAAUUUAUUCCGAUAAAGUCAAUAAAUAAUUAGUUAUUAUUAAUUAAAAUAAACGUGUAAACUGUAUACCUAUACCUUUUUUAGUAAGGAAUAGUCACUGGCUGAAAAUAAAUAACAAUCAAACUCGACAACUACAGAUGCUUCUAUAGGCAGGUCGGUAUCGACGUGGAGUAAAAACAACUAUUAUAAUUCUUUAGUUUAGCAAAAAAAAAUUUUAUCUAUUAUUAGUAUUUAUAAU